CUUGUUUAAAUUGGCAUUUGUUUUGAGUUUUUACUUUUUCAGUACCAUCUCUAUCUGCAGUCAACUCCAAAGUUGAAAAAACUCUCGUUUUCUCAACCUCAAAUCUUAGUCUAAACAUGGCCAAAACGCCCAUCAAAUGCUAUGUGGUAAUAUCUCUGUUUCUUAAUCUUAGCUUGUUUAUUUAUGUGCUACUGCUCAACUCAGUCUUAUCCCGAAAGAAUGAGUGGGGUUAAGUCUGACUCUUGAACAGGUUGACGCAUUCACCGACUCAGCCUUCAAGGGAAACCCAGCAGCGGUUUGUUUGUUGGAGGAAUAAAGAGAUGAGAAAUGGCUGCAAGCACGGCUGCUGAGUUUAAGUUCUCCGAGACUUGUUACUUGACUCGGAUCCCCAACUUCACCUCUCCAAACCCCAAGUUUUGUCUUAGAUGGUUUGCCCCUGUUACUGAGGUUAAGCUAUGUGGUCAUGUAACCUUAGCAUCUGCUCAUACUCUCUUUACAACUGCUUUGGUAAAUUCAAACAUUAUUGAAUUUGAUGCACUAUUUGCAACCCUAACUGCUGAAAGAUUACCAGAUAUUAGUCUAACCAAUGUCUCCGAGAUUCAGAACGGUGGAGUGGACGGCUGCUUUCUGAUCGAACUGAAUUUUCAUACUGUUCCCGUUACCAACUUCAAUUCUGCUGAGGCUUCACUUAUAUCGAAAGCCUUGAAUGAUGCUCCUCUUAUUGAUGUUAAGAGAACGACUACCGAUGGUGAUAUCUUCGUUAUUCCUCAAUAACACUAGCAGUCUUUUUAUUUCUUGAUUUUCUUUUUUUUGUCUGUUUGAUCAGGAUCAU